CAUACUGACACAUUCAGCUUUUCAACGCUUACCAGAGGUCUCUAAGACAGAACAUGGAGUCCCUCAAACUGCCAACCAUGUGACCUCGACUUCAACAGCGAUGGCCACCAUCAGGCCCCCUGUUCCGCUGCUUUGCAUCCUGCUGUGUGUCUGCGUGGCUCUGCAGCGCUCAGACAUGCGUUUGACCUACGUGACCCACAACAGUUUCUUCUACUACUCCUGCACUCAGGAACCUCCGCCCUGCAGCAUUUCCUCUCUGACCGAGUGCAGAUGUAAGGAUAUCACUCUCUCCAUGCUGCAACGUCCACAGUCCCACUCCUCUCCUGUCUUCAGGAUGAGGCGCUUGACAGUUUGGUACACGUCGCCUUUGAACGCAGCUCGACUGCUGAACAACUCUGAGGUGAGGCACCUGUCGCUGGUCCACUGUGGUCCACCCAGAGACUCCUACAGAUCAGUUGUCCUGGAGGGACACUUUGCUGUGCAGCACUUGGAGAGGCUGAGUGUCCUUCACCUGCAGCUGGAGUCCAAAAAGAACAGAGACUCCGAUAACAAGGCUCAUCUGGACUCAAACACCUACUUGGAAGUGAAUGAAGGAGCGAGCAGACACAGUGGUGAUCCAUCUGAGGACAGCUCCUCGCCCCAGAUCCAAGACAUCUACCUGGGCAGAGAGAUGGGAGCAGAGCACCAGGAGCAGGCCCGACUGGGAAUCAUCCACAGCUCAGUGCUGGAGUGUGCUGCUUCCAUGAAGGUCUACACUGUCCAGACUCACAUAGACAGUGAUGGGGUUCUGCCCUUCCCUGACCUUAAACUCCCCAAACUACCACAGACAUCAGUCAUUUAUGUUAGCUUCGUUUAUUAAAAUGUGAAGUAGCAAUGCUGGACUGAUGCUGGAACUGAAGAGAUAAUUUGUUUCUAAAACGGAACCAAGUGAAAUUUGCUCGCACUUGUUCAUCUGUUUAUAUUUUAUGUGUAGUUCCUCUAGUGUGUGGGUCUUUCAUGACUUCAUAAACACAUAACUAAACGCAUUGUGUGUAUAGUAAAUUAAAACAAAAUUAUAUUUUAUUGAUGAAAAACGCACAGUGGAAUAAUCCAUAAUGUAAUAAUUUAUUAAAACAAUUAAUAAUAAUUUUAAUGAAUUAAUAAAAUUUGUAAUUGUAACUGUAUAUAUGCUCCUUCCAAUCUUGCCUGUAUUUUUGCCAUCGGUACUUGUAUGUGAAACGGUUCAUGUAAUGGCCACAAGAUGGUAGUAAAGAACAACAUAAAGAGCCGCCCCAGUGUGCGAGACUUCAAGCAGGAGAAGAAUGAAGUCCGCUUUCAUCCGAUUCAUUUUUAUGACAUUAUUAUGCAUUAAAAAAAAACUCAUACAUGACAAUGUUCAGAUCACAUCUACAGUAAUACAGUCAAUAUUGACUCAAUAUUGAACUGAGAUUUGCCUUACAAACGAAAACGUCAGUGUUGCACCCUUGGUCCAUGUAGGUGUAAGAAAAAAAAAACAAAAAACAAAAAAAAAAAAGAUGUCCCUCUUGACUUGCAACGUUUAAUGUCCCGUAAUUGAAGCAAAAGAUAUCAGACGUGUGUGUGUCAUUUCUCACUCUGUCAUUUGUGGCAACACAGAGCUGCAAAAGAAACCAAAAGAAACCCAAAUUUGGGAGUCAUCAAAUAGUUAUUGUGUUUGUAGUGACUAAUCACCACCGCACAUUAAUUACAGCGGCAUAAAUCAGCUCUAAACUGGGAGCACAUUUGUCAUUAACUGCGAGGGUCCAAGUGUAUGUGUGUGUCUGUGUUUGCCGACACCUGCUACAGAGCCGCACAUUUGCAUGAUAAACAUGAAUUCACUCUUGAAUACACACUGAUGCGGCCUGUUGAUCCUGCACCUGACACACACACACACACUAUUGAAGGUGAGCACAAGCAUAGCUGUGAAAAUGGAGGCUUGACCUUUGACCUCUGCUACUACACAAACCGCCGUGACGGAGAACCGGGAAUCAUUCGGGAGGUCCUCUUCCUCCCUGAGACUUAACCACCCUGCUGCCGUCUCCUCACCGGCAGUCGAGCAGUAAAACAUUUUUAUAAUCAGACGUUAUUGUUCGCCGCCUCCUUGUGGGAGAUGCGGCCAUGUUCAUUUUUUAAAAGGGCAAAUCAGCCAUAAUUCAGUUUAUAAACUGCAGCGCGCUGGGGAGAAAUGCCUGGAUGAAUAUUCAUUAGCGCGCGGCUGAACUGCCACGCCGGGUGAUUCAUUAGGCGUAUGUAAAUAUCACUCACUUUAAUUGCCCCUAAACUGACUCAACAUAAUGUUGUCAUUAGCAAAUUAUUACUUAUUUGUGAUACUAAUGGUACGGUACGGCGCCCGGUGCUGAGGCUCCAUAUAUGAUUGUAAUGGCUGCUUUUUAUCCACUGAUGCUGACGGACCGCUGUCGCUGUCUGUGUGAUCUGUGUAGUGGGUUUAAGAACAGCAGGUGUUGACCAAAGUGCUGUACAAAUAACUUACUGGAAAUAAAAUGAAGUACUUUACUUGAUAAAGGACAUUAAAAAUGACACUGGGAGUGUCUGUAUGUGUCUGUGUUUGUUGGGAUCUUAGCAUUAACUACACUUUGGUCCUCUACAUGUAUUAGAUUAGAUUAGACUACGCUGCCGGUGAAAUUUCAUUUAAUAAUGAUUUAACAGUUAAAGACAUAAGAGGAAAGUGCAGAAAUAGAGACAGAAAAACGAGCAUCAGAACACAAAUGAAAUGUACUUAAAAAAAACAACAAUAAUGUGCAGAAAUGUUCAAAAUGUUUACAUCAGU